AACCCCGCAAAACAAUGGGAUUUUUCGCGAAUUAUCGACCAUCUGUCAAAGUUGGCGCAUGGCGCAUGUGAUCGCAUCGGGGCUCCGCCCCGCUCGAAUGUUUAUCACAAUACGCCCCCUUAUCAGUGACAUCUGUAAUCCCCGAACAACCUUUUCAAUUAUGAUGGAUUACUGCAAACAAAGCUGCAACAAAAAAUGGUCACGCAAGCAGAAGUCUAUAAAUCAGGGACCUGCGCCGGGCCCAAGUUCAAUACCCAUUGAACCACUCCUGGUUGAAGUUUCCGCAGAUGAUUGAUGAUGUCGGUCGCAACCGCACUGCUUCUGCUGUCAGCCGUCGGCACGCUUGCCGCGGACUGGCGCUACCCGACCCCGGGACCGGACGGCUCGGUCGGAUCUCCGGAGAACUGGGGCGGUAGCUGCGACCAAGGUCGCCGUCAGUCACCCAUCGACAUCGCGUACGCCGCGUCCGUGCGCGGCUCCUACCCGGAGUUUAUCUUUGACAGCUACGACAGCCUGCCGGACAGCGCUUACAUCGUCAACAACGGACACACCGUUCAGAUCAACCUGGACAGCAGCGCUUCGAGCAGCGUGUACGGUGGAGGCUUCCGUAGCAAGUACGUCCUGGAGCAGCUGCACUUCCACUGGAGCUCGGAGCACACGAUCGAGGAUCGUCGGUACGCGCUCGAGAUGCACCUGGUCCAUCGGCAGUCCCGCUACGCUUCGGUCGAGCAAGCGUCCUCGCACAAAGCCGGCAUCGCCGUGCUGGCGGUACUGUUCCACGUGGACGAACACCCCAACGAAGCCAUCCAGCUCAUCCUGAACUCGACCAGCCCGAUCAAGGCCAAGGUGGACGAUAAACAGCCGCUUCGUGGCUCACUUCACCUCAAAGAUCUUCUACCCAAAGAUCGCACGGUGUACUUCCGGUACGAGGGAAGUCUUACCACUCCGGUGUGCGCGGAGUCCGUCGUGUGGACAGUGUUCCCGGAGUCGCUGCCCAUCUCGCUGGGCCAGGUGCAGGACUUUAUGACGAUCCACGACGCCGACAACCGGGAGCUGGUGGUCAACUAUCGACCCGUGCAGCCGCUCAAUACCAGGGUGCUGGUGUUGGUUUCGGAUACGGAAGUGGAGGCGAGCGGAGCUCGCAGGAUCGCGUCGGGAAUGUUCGCAGCGGUUCUUCUAUCGCUGGCGAUAAGUUUGUUUUAAAAGUAGACUGUAGAUAGCGCACGGUAGCCGGUAAAUGCCAAAAAUAGACUGAUAAAAUUAAGGUUAGUAAAAAUAAAGAAUGUCAAGACGAA